CACGCGCGUGGGAGGACCAAUAAACUUUGUGUGCCUCGGGGAAAGUGUAAAGAAUGCUUAGCGCGUCGCUUCUGAAAAGAUGGUAUCAUAAGUCCAACCUCCGUGUUGUAAAACAAUACUGAAGGAAUUCGUUAGAAGUUGUGCCCCACUACCAGCAGACGAGCCGCAGGAGUCUUCAUCUAUGGUGGAAAAUUCGUUUACCUGUUGAUUGUUGCCGUCAGUAAAGGACCUGAAGAUGCCACAUUUUUUUGAAUCUCUCACAACGGAAACUCUGAUCUCCAAAACCUUCACGUUGGACGUCUUCAAUACAAGUCACCAGUCCACAGAUCAAAACACAGCGGCCGUUCUGCUGCCCAUCGUCAUUAAUGUCAGUCGACAAGGAGUCCCACGCUGCACUUAUAAGGAGGACUUCAAACGGAUCCUCCUCCCGGCCGUGUACACAUUUGUCUUGCUGUUGGGCCUGCCGCUUAACGCGGCCGUCAUACUGAAGAUAUGGAGGGGGCGGCCCAGUCUGUCCCGCAACAACAUCUUCAUGCUCAACUUGGCCAUAGCCGACUUCCUGUAUGUGACAUCACUUCCCCUGCUCAUCUAUAACUAUGGCAGUCAUGAUUACUGGCCCUUUGGGGAGUUUUUAUGCAAACUGGUCCGAUUUCAGUUCUACAGUAACCUACAUGGCAGCAUCCUCUUCCUCACCUGCAUCAGUGUGCAUCGCUACAUUGGCAUCUGUCACCCACUGGCGAUGUGGCACAAGCAAGGUGGACGCAAACUGGCGUGGCUCAUUUGCGGAGGGGUGUGGCUGCUUGUGGUCUUCCUCUGCGCGCCCACAUUUCACUUUGCCUCCACGGGGAUUCAGCGCAACCGCACCGUCUGUUACGACUUAAGCACGCCAAAGCAGUCUUCGGACUACUACCCAUACGGCAUGGCCCUCACCUGCCUCGGCUUCCUCUUGCCUUUUACAGGUGUGAUGAUUUGCUACUGCAGAAUGGCCCACAUCUUGUGCCUCCCCGUGUCCUACCAAGGCGUCAACAUACAGACGAGGGACAAACGCGACAGGGCUGUGAAAAUGAUCAUUGUGGUGGCAGCUGCAUUCUGCGUCAGUUUUCUGCCCUUUCACCUCACCAAGACCUCAUACCUAGUAGUGCGCACGCUUCCGAAUGUGUCCUGCGAGACCAGAAAUCUGUUUUCUAUCAUCUAUAAGAGUACCAGACCAUUUGCCAGUAUGAAUAGUUUUCUGGACCCCAUUCUCUUCUACUUUACUCAGCCACGGUACAGACAGAGCACCAAAAGGUUUGUCCGCAGAGUCACCACCCUGAGGGAAAAGGACAGCAGUGCAUGAGUCAACGUGUGUGUGUGCGUGUGUGUGUGUGUGCGUGUGUAUGAUUUAUUUCUUUUUUUUUUCCUUGCUAAUGAGCACUGUGAACGGUAUAUUGUAACAUUGUAAGAUUCAAUUUCCGUCUUGAACUGUGCUCUAGUAUGUUGGAUGAAGUGAUACAGCAUGUAAAUUGUAUUUUAGGAACAUUGCAACCAGUAUUUGAUUCUGGAUUACGGCAAUAUGAUGGUCGAUGGUGUGGGAACAAGACUAAUUAUCGUGCGGUACUGUAUUAUGUUUUGUGCAAUACUUUUGGACCGUUUUAUAAAUCCUUGUUGCCUUUUCUCCACUAGGUGACAGUCACAUUCCAUUUCACCAAAGUUAUACAUUAGUUUUGCACUAAGCUUUUCUUGCACAUGAUCUCUCAUUUUGACUGUAAGGAUUUCGAGCCAUUCCAUUGUGCGGUAUUUGUUUCAUGAUACUGUGACACUGCUGAGGAUUAAUAAGUUGACUGAUUCUUGCGUUUAAAUGUGUUUACUUUUUGCAAUAUUUACUCUAGUGAUUACAUGUUUCAUGUGUGACAAGAGUGUUCUGAACUGUGCCAAAACAUGACAUAACCUUGGGCUAGCAUCAGCAAUACAGUUCUAUUUUGUUAGGUGAGUUAAAUCUGCUUCUAUUGUUUUGUUAGUGAACAACUUUUGGGAUGUUGACACACUGAUUAAACCUGUGACUACGAUUUA